AUGGCGGACCAAAUAAAGAAUCUGCAGGAACGAAUCGAACCCCAUAAUGAGAUACCGAAAUCCCACGAAUCUCAGCAUGGGAAUCCGAGGAUGUCAUAUUCCAGUAAACGCAAUAAGAAAAGGCGGGAGAGAUCAAGGACCCAUACAAAUCUUAACAGAAGUGACCCUCGAGAUGACGAAUCUAAAACCGCCUGUAGAGACGCUCGUACUUACCUAGAAAGCAAGAGGCAGAAGGCAUCCGAAAGCGUCCAAUCAUUGGUGGACAAAAGAAGGGAAGAAAGGAAAAAAGUGCAACUCACGGGAUCCAGCCAUCCCACCAGCCCCAUCACUAUGCCGCGGAAUGAAGUUGGCAAGAAAAAUCUUCUCGAAGACUCCAUGCCAAUAAACUCUCCGUUGGCUCCGGGUAUACUGAAUACUCCCAACCCGGAAAAAAUUAAAAUCCCAAACAUGACAGCCUUCGAUGGCACGUUCUGCCCCCAGGAACACUUGAUGGCCUAUAAAAAUUUGAUGCUGCUAUACACCACCAACCCAGCAUUGUGGUGCAAAUUCUUCCCAACUACUCUCAUAGGAGUAGCAUUGACAUGGUAUACCUCCCUUCCAGGGGGAAGCAUCCACAAUUUCGCCCAACUAGAAGGAAAAUUUCUGGGUCACUUUGUAGCAUCCAAAAGGCAGGAGAAAUCAAACUUUCACUUGCUCAGCAUAACGCAAUUGGAAGGGGAAUCCAUAUCGUCAUAUUUGAAGAAAUUCCAUGAAGUAGUGCUUGAAGUAACCGACUUGGAAGAAUCGGUCGCAUUGAACACCUUGAUCAACGGAAUGAACGCUCAAAGGCUGAAGUUUCAAUUGGUCGAGAGUCAAGUGAAGACAUACGCAGAGGCCAUGAAGCAAUGUCAAAGUUGCGUCACGGCCUCCGAGAUAUGUCAGGCACAUGACCCAAAAAAACGGAAGUCAGAAAAGAAAGAUCCAUUAUCCUCUAAUCAUUCCUCAAGGAAUAGAGAAGAACAUUCGUCAAGAAGAGACCGAAAUUACAUGCCGCGUCGUCCUGAACCUUUCUCGGAGAUGGGACCUCCACGAUCCAGACACGUCUAUGUCACAAAAGGAGAAGUCAGGACGCAAAAUUUGCUCGACGGAGGGAACGACCCAAUGUUCAACCGCAACAGAAGAGAAAUAUUCUUCGCUAUUCGGGGCGAGUUGCCAACUCCGCCUCCUACCACCACCCUUUCUGAUCGCCACAACUACAAUGUGUUGGCCGGCGAGGGAAAGCUGUCGAGGUUCAUCAACCAGAAGGACUAUGACGUAAGAGGAGAAGCGGAAAGGAGGACUUGGAAUCAAAGACGCAGAUCCCCCAAAAGGAACGAGGCCAGGCGCGAAAGUUCCAACACGCAGGGAACCAUCAACAUGAUUUUCGGCGGUUACACCGAAGAAUACCCUACCAUCCGCGCCGCAAGAGAUAACGUCCAUACUCUCCUAAAAGGAUCUCCAAAAACCACAACAAGCGGACCAAACAUGAAAUUCGAUGCUACUACCUCCGAACCGCUGCAGCAACCACACACUGAUCCUCUAGUGGUUACUCUCAAGAUUGGGCAAAUGAAAGUCAAGAGGGUACUGGUAGACACCUGA